AUGGUGGCUGCGAAGAAGACGAAAAAGUCUCUGGAGUCCAUCAACUCAAGGCUCCAGCUGGGUAUGAAAAGUGGAAAGCGUGUGCUGGGGUACAAACAGACUCUGAAGAUGACUGGAAAAGGGAAAGCGAAGUUGCUUAUCCUCGCCAACAGCUGCCCAGCUUUGAGGAAGUUUGAAAUAGUAGACUGUGCCAUGGUGGCUAAAACUGGUGUCUGUCAUCACAGUGACAAUAAUUUUGAAUUGGGUGCAGCAUGAGGAAAAUAGUACAGAGUAUGCAUACUGGCUAUCAGUGACCCGGGUGAGUCUGAUAUUAUUAGAAGCAUGCUGGAACAGACUGGAGAAGGUCCCCUGCAAGAGGAGCGUCUGCAGAGGGAGCCCCGGCUGGCUCAUUAUGCUGACUAA